AAAAACAGUCUGGGAUGGCUUCUGCAGAAACUAUUUUUGAGGAAGAUGUUAGUGAUGAGAGUGGGAGUGAAAGGGACAGCAAUGAGGAAGAUGAGACUAAAUUCAUGGAUAGUUGUAUGGAAGACAGGUUUUUAUCAUCUGAAGUAGAGGAAAGUGAAGAAGAAGAAGAAGAAGAAGAAGAAGAAAACAGAAGUUCUGGUGUGCUGAGAACUGAAGAAGAAUUGUGGCAGGUUUUGGAAAGUGAAAGAAAAGAUUCCAGAAAACUCUUGGGCAAAUGUGGUUCCAAAAAUCCUGAACUAAGAAAAUGUCUUGGAUUUCUGAAGAAAUUGUCCUUAUAUAUUUGGAAAUCUAUAUCACAAGCUAUGCGUGUCAGCUUACUAAAUGACUUUGUUGAGUCUGAAUUGUUUGUGAUUGAUGGGGAUUCUUUACUUCUCAUGUGGUUAUACGAAGAGAAAGAAUAUCUACCCUUCUUUUAUCUAGUUGAAUGCUUUCUGCUUGAUUUCACUCAAAAAGGAGCAAAAUAUAUAAUCGUCCUCUUCAAGGAUGCAGAACAACUGUAUCAUAAUUAUCCUCAUAUGCUUUUCCUACAUACUACACUAAUACAACACCUGAAGCAGAACACUGACAUCGACAUUCAUACAGAGUUCUUCAAUUGUUUGUCACCAGAAUGGCAGAUUUUUCUCAAGGAAAUUUAUCCGUACUUCAUGAUAAUAUCUGACACAGGACUGACCUCUCUCCAAACAGACUAUUUACAAAUACUUAUCAGUCACACCUUGUCAAAGAAAAUAAAUGUUGUGCUCACUUCAGGACAGGAGUCUGAUACUCUUAGGGUUCAUGGAUAUCAUGUCCGGAGCAUGUAUAUGCACAGGAAUUUUUUUCAGCAGCGUCAGAAAGAUUUUCAAUGUGCUUUGGAGACCUUGGUUAAGUACUUGCAAAACUCCCAGGAUACAACAUUGUGGUUUUAUAAACAUUUAAAUCUGAGCUUGAAAAGUCUGCAAGAAGAGGUAUGCCAGACUGUCCUGCUGCUGAAGCGUAUGUGGCCAGAAGGAUCUAACAUUAGACAAGUAUUCUGUGUUCUUACAUGUGCAGUGGGACUAAAAAUGUACAGCCACAUGUUAGAAAAUGCAAACGCUUCUGCAAAAGAAAAGGAAGGAAAAACAGAACACUUCCCUCUGGAGGAGAAGACUGGAGCAUUAGCACUGGAAGAUGCAGCUGACCUGUGCAGGAUGCAGUGCCUUAGUGUGGCCUUUCUUUUUCAUUUGCCUCUUUCACAAGCUCGUAUUAGGAUCACCCAUUCCCACUGGACUCAACAGGUUUUACCAUUUAUAAUUAUGCAACAGCAAUGUGCAUAUUUUAUUCUGAAGCAACUAACUGAGGAAAGUGGCUGGAGAUUAAAUUUAACUUCUCUGCCUGAUUUAAGGGAUAAGUCACUAUUGAAGGAUCUUGCAUAUUACUAUGAAACAGAAUAUUGUACAGGCUUAGAUUUGGAAUUGGGUAAGGACCUGAAGACUGAAUACCAGUAUCUCUGCGACACUGUGACCACACUAGCUGCCAAGUGUAAUUUUGGAGUUGCUUUCCCAGUGCGACACACUUCACAGCCAUUCCUUGAAGAGAAACAAAAAGUGAAAGACUCUAAGGAAGAAAUUCCCAACAUACGGCUUAUCCCACUGAAAUCUGAUGUUGUCAAAGAUUAUGCUGGAGCUGUCUUGGAAGACUUGCCUUUUUUAAACAGUGAUGAUCCUGCAGUUACUUCACUUAUUAAAGAAAAAGAAUUUGAUGAACUUCGGCAUUGGCAUUCAGGCAAACUCCUCAGUGAUGAACAUGACAGAGCACCAUGCAGCCAUGAUGCAAAAUCCAGAGAGCCAGAGGAAAGAAGAAGUAUACAGAAAUUACAGCGUUUUUACAGACUUUAUGGAAGAUCGCUGGAAGGGGACAUUUCCAUGACAGUUGUCACCCAGGCAGAUGUGCCACUGGUGCCAACAAGCACUAAUGCAGUUGAUGUACACAGAAAAAAAUCACAUAAAAGUAAAGCAGAAAUAAUUAGAGAAGAAAACCAGAAGCAGCGAAAAGCUAAACAGGAAAAGAAAAAACAGGAACAAUGGGAGGCCCUGUCUAUGUUAAUUGAAAACGAAAUUAAAGAAGAUGUUGCCUUUGGAAUAAAUAGACUGGAGAAUUUCCUCAAGAAAUGUCAGUCUCAAUCUGUGAAAUUUUCAGCAGAAAUGGCAGGACUGCAUGGGUGUUUUGACGUUUGGAAAGAACACUGCAGAAAGCAAGGUAAAAAGUCCAAAGAUCUAAGUAUAGCUGUUCAAGUGAUGAGAAGAAUUCAUGAACUGCUUGAAAAAUAUGAGGAACUAUUACAGAAAUCACAUCGACAAAUGUUGGCCAAGUGUCUGAACUACCUUGGAUUUGAAAAUUUGGCAUGCUCUUUAUCCAGCCAGAUCACAGAAAGAAAUAAUGAGAAAAUAGCCAAAUAUGCUACUGAAGUAGGAGCAGCUCGUUUUCAGCUACAAUAUAUGGGUUCUUACUUGUUCAGAGAUGAGAGGAGUGAUCCAGAUCCCAGAGUACGCCAUUUUAUACCAGACACGUGGCAGCGAGAGCUUCUUGAUAUUGUGGACAAUAAUGAGAGUGCAGUGAUAGUUGCUCCUACUUCAUCUGGGAAAACCUAUGCAUCAUAUUAUUGCAUGGAGAAAGUUCUGAAACAAAGCAAUGAAGGAGUAGUUGUAUAUGUUUCUCCCACAAAGGCCCUUAUAAACCAAGUAGUGGCAACUAUAUACAAUCGAUUCACCAAGACACUGCCUGAUGGAUUAACACUAUGUGGAGUUUUCACAAGGGAGUAUCGCCAUGAUGUCAUGAACUGUCAGGUACUAGUGACAGUGCCUCAAUGUUUGGAAAUCUUGUUGCUGUCUCCGCAUCGCCAGAAAUGGGUGAAAAGGAUACGAUAUAUUAUAUUUGAUGAGGUACAUUGUCUAGGUGGAGAAAUUGGAGCUGAAGUUUGGGAGCACCUUCUGGUUAUGAUUCAGUGUCCAUUUUUGGCUCUGUCUGCAACUAUCAGUAAUCCAGACUAUCUUAGUGAGUGGCUGCAAUCAGUAAAAAGAUACUGGCAGCAAGCUGAGGUUACAGUGAAAGAAGAAAUGUCCACAGCUCCCAAGAAACAUGCAAGGAUGCCAAAGCUACAACCCCCCUCAAAAUCACAUACAGUUAGACUAGUGCUGCAUGGAGAAAGAUACAAUGAUCUAGAAAAGUAUGUGUGUUCUCUUAAGGAUGAUGAUUUUGUCAUUGAGCACUAUCACCCAUGUGCUGCCCUAACAGUGAAUCAUAUUGAGAAAUAUGGUAUUCCUUCAGAUCUUGCCCUGUCUCCCAGGGAGAGCCUUCAGAUGUAUGACACAAUGGUAAAAGUCUGGCAGGACUGGCCAGGAGCACAGGACUUGGAUCCUGAGGAGUUUCUCUCUUUCAAGAAUAAAAUAGUAAUAAAAAAGGCAGAUGCACGGAAAUAUGAAGAUGAACUGAAGAAAGAACUAACCAAUUGGACUGCACUUGGCCAAAAAGAUAAGGUGAAUCAGCUUCUGGAGUGCCUUAAACCUCACCCCACUGAUGGUCCAGAAAAUAAAAAGCAGAUCAAAUUUGGUCAUUUUGUUGAAAAAUUACAAGACAUGGAUAAACUGCCUGCCAUAUUUUUUAUGUUUAACUCUCAUUCAGUAGAAGACCUGGCCAUCCAAAUAAAAAGAUAUUUGAUAAGCAAAGAAAGGAGGAAGAAAGAUCCAAAUAUUGAGAGAGAAAUAGGAAAUUUAAGAACUAAACUGAGAAAAAUGGAUAAAAUCUUGGAGACUUGCCCAUCUAUUAACUCAAAAAGACAGACGACUGCCACUAGUAAAGCAGAAAACAUAGAGCUUAUCUUGCAAGAAAAACAACAAAUACAGAAGAGACUUGAAAAUCUUACUGAAAUCCCUCCAGACUGUACUUAUGCUAAUUCUAAAGCUGUGGAUAAACAAACCUUGAUGAAGAUCUUUUUGACAUUGAGAUAUGAGAGAAAAGCUUCUGAACAGAAGGACUUGGCACAGAGGGGUAUUGGAUACCAUCAUGCUUCUGUGACCCUCAAAAGAAGACAAGUUGUGGAAAUGCUUUUCAGAAUGGGAUAUAUCUGGGUGGUCACAGCUACUUCAACAUUGGCCUUGGGCAUCAAUAUACCAUGUAAAUCUGUUGUCUUCUCUGAAGAUUCUGUCUAUUUAGAUGCUGUAAAUUAUAGACAGAUGUCUGGCCGUGCUGGAAGACAUGGACAAGAUUUGAUAGGAAAUGUGUUCUUCUAUGAUAUCCCAAUGCCAAAGGUUGAAAAACUUAUAAAAUCCAAUGUGCCUCAGCUGAAAGGCAAUUUCCCUUUUAGUAUGUCCCUGGUGCUGAGACUCAUGCUGUUGGCAGCAAAAGCAGAUGACAAAGUGGAUGCCAAAGCAACGGUGCUAUCAGUGUUGAAGCAUCCAUUGAUAUCCUUCAAACAACCAAGGCAUAAUGAAAUGUUAAAAAUAUAUGUCAUCUUUUCUCUGCAGUUUCUUCUCAAAGAAGGCUAUCUGGAUCAAGAAUGUAACCCCAUGGGAUUUGCUGGACUUGUGUCCCAUUUCCAUUAUUGUGAGCCUUCAAAUUUUGUCCUGGUCAGCUUCCUUGUGAAGGGAUUAUUCCACAAUUGCCAGCCAAUUGAAGGUUCAACUGUUUUCUCUGAAGAUGUGAUGGAAACAUUGGUGCUAGUAUUAGCAAACCUAUUUGGAAAAAGAUACCUACCAGCUUGUGCUAUGAACUUUAGGAAAAAUAUUUGCCAGUCAAAGGUGUUUCUAGAAGAUCUCCCAGAAGAGUUCGCUGCAGCUGCUGAUGAAUACAACAGCAAAGUAGAAAAAAAUUUUGCUUGCUUUCUUCUAACAACUGCCAAGCUGGCUGACACAGAACAGGAAUACAAACUUCCUUUGUCAAAGAUAGAUUUUAAAACAAAAGAAUAUGAUCACUCCAAACUGGCCUCUCAUUUGAUGAGCAGCACAAAAAAUGUAACUGCGGUCUCUCCUUUCAUGUGUCUGUCUGGAAUGACAGAUCAGGAUUUAUUUGCUGCUGAAAAUGUUAACAAAGCUGUUUUACGUACAGUUGGUGUUAAUAUUGGAAAUUCUCCUUUGCUUUGGUGGAAGAAGCAUGAUUAUCAAGGAAGAAGAAUGCCACUCAAUGCUUAUGCACUUGACUUCUAUAGGCAUGGCUCCUUGGCUGCUCUGGUAAAAGACAACUGGUUAAGUGAAGGAGAUGCUUACAAACUGCUCAAAGAUCUUUUGCUUCUCAUUAAAGAUAUCAGAGUAUCACUAGGUGAACUUUGUGACAACCCAGAUGACAAAGUUGUACUGGCAUUUCAACAACUGAGCGAGAGUUUUGAGGCAAAACUGAAUAAAGUUUAAGUGUCAAAAGACUGGCAUAUAUUGUGAAGAAAAUGAUACCCUGGAAGGCACUAACAGCAUAUCAUGUUAAUACAUGACUAGAAGAUGAAAAUUUAAAAAUUCUGAAACAUGUAUUAUAAUAGUUGUAAUAUAUGGGAUUUUACUUAUAUAAAAUAAAUAAAUAAAUAAAUAAAGCCUGUUUUUAUUUCUGUAAGAAAAUGUUAAUGUUUGCAUUAGACUUGAUGUUUAGAAAAUGCCCUGAAGUUAUUCCAGUAUAUUUAUGAUUGCUUAUAGUUAUGAGGUUUUCUAUUUUUCAAAUUAAGAAGCUUGCUUUGGCUACCAAGUUUUCUGGAACAUCCCAACACAGCUGAAAAAGACAGGAAGAAGUAAGUUUCCAUUGUACUUGGGAAUUUUUCUGGGCAGCUACUUCCACUUGCAGUCAUUAGAGCCUCCCAAGUCCCAGGAACCACAAUGGGGGCAUUUGCAUGGUAUAUCUUCAUAAGGGAGAACUAUACCCUGUAACAAAAUAAACUGUACAGAAUGGCUAGUGCUGUAUGUCAGCAAGCAGGCACUGGAUUUGUCUACACGUGCUUAGAAAAGGUUGCAGGAAUCUGAAGUGGUUCAAACCCCUGUGGAAACUCUUUAGUCAGGUUAGAAUCUUGCUAAACAUAUUCAGGAAUAUAUAAACAAGGGUUUAUAUCUUUCUAAACAGUUUGUUAACUGAACUCUGUUACACCUAUAUUUAAAACUACAUUUUCUUCUACCUGAUCUUAUAUUUUUAUGUAGCCAUUUAGAUUGGCCCUGGUAGGUCUUACAAGCUGUUGGUCAAAGGGUAACUUUACAAAAGAUAUUUAAAGCCAUUCCUUAGGAAUACUGACAGUUAACACAAAACAAAGGAGCUGUGCCUCAUUCCAACUACAUCUUACCUGGUGGCAGUUGCAUGCAGACAACUGGAUUCACCUUCUUCACUUGGUUCUAAUUAGAGACAUUAUAGACAGGAAGCAGGGUGUAAAGAGUGAUGAACAGGAAAUAGUGGCACUCCUGCAAGUAGACUUCCUGUGCUUGAAGCAAGCAGCACUUGGCCACUUGUGUUAUUUUCAAAACACUGGGACAGGCUCAGUAGGCCCCAAUAGUCAGCAGAGCUUCUGAGGGCUGAACAUAGACUUCGAAGCAGAUGGGCAGAGUGUACGGGUUUAAGAGCAGAUCUAAGGUUGCCCUUAAGUAGCAGCAUAAAAAUAAUCAGAGAUUACUUUAUGAGAACACCUGAUGUUAACUAAAUAAAACUCCUUUCUCUCUCA